GUGGUUGUAAGAUAUAAGCUCUGAAUAAAUCAAGUUGAUUUGUAUACCGAAUAUCUCCCAAGAUGCUUAAUUUCCAUGAUUUGGGAUGAGUGAGCGGGGGAUUUGGUAUAUAUCAGAGGAAUGAGAGAGUGUAUCACGCUGUACAAUAGACUUCUGUGAGCGAAUCUGCCCCCCAAAAGAGAUAUAAAAGUGAGGAGAAGCUUGGACCAGAUUUGGAGACUGAACGACGGCAGAAUACAAUAAAAGGGAAAUAUUAUUUCAAAGUAAGUAGCUACGCUUACAGUGGAAGAGAUUCCGAUGCUGUCCCGGUCCACCAACUUUCGACAAAGGCCUCUCGGCUCUCCAUUGUGAUUUGACUUGCAUUUUCAAAGGAAUUGGUGCGUUGUGAGAGUUUGCCCGUAGUAAAUGCGAAAAGUCCGGAAUGACGAGGUGCCAUUACUAUUUAACUCCAGUUUUCAGGGCCGGACAAAAUAAGGUAACCUUAUCACGAGGCGGAUAUUGCCAUGUUAUCAGAGGAAAUGUUUUUGUAAUUCAACUCCAACACGGCCUAUUGUGAGCAAAAUACAGAUACGUUUACGAUUCCUCUAUGGAAAUAAGGUUUAUUCAAACGAAGUUACUUACUCAUCAGAUCUCAAAUGGGCUUUAUAGCCUGACGACCACGAUUAAAUAAUUCGUCCUGUUUGUAGGCGUAUUCCAUUUCUAACAUAUCGAAAACUUGUAUGCAGUGUACCGGACAUGUAAAAACAUAGCAGACGACGUUUGCAGACCUCGCGAUCAUCGUAUGACUAGUGGUGCGGAAUGUUCCAUUGCGGCUUUAUGGGGGAAAUAGCAUUACAGAGGGAUAAAAUGUAUACACAGAUAAUGUUUCAGCGUUGAUUCGCAAUAUUUUGAGUCAAUUUUCAUGAAUUAUCGUUCUUUGAACAUUAAAACAUCAUUAUACAAUGAAAGAAAUAAGCAAAACUUAAUUUUCAGACUUAGCUAUGCAGUGGUAAGCUAGGAUGCACCCCUCGUAUACAUAAUGGACCCGUCACGAGUGUAGGUUUGCUCUUCGGACAUCACUAUCACAAAGAAAAUCUCCUCUGAUUUGAUGAUAAAAGUACCCUAUUUCCUUAUUAACCAAUCUCCAUGGUUCUUUCAUGAGUAUUUGCCUUACAAUGUGCCCUUUAUUGUAAUCUGGGCGGAAAUUCAUGAUACCACCACCCACCGAUGUGACGACGGAAAUAAUCCACCCGGGUACUAUAAAAAUGUCCCCCAAACCCAUUAUCCCAAUACAUAUUCCUGACUAUGGAUGGUUUCUAGUGAUUUUAAUGUAAUAAAGUGCCAUAUUUCCCACCAAUUGAAUGUAAAAAAAAUUAUGGUCAUCUGAUAGAAGAAGUUGUUACCAUUCAUUUCAGGGGGGCGGAAAUUCUAUCUGAAUCAACGCUUGUCCUUGAUACACAUUUGUUUGUGAAAAAAGGGUAUAAUGCAAGGGAAUUCUGCGUGUUAUAAGGGUGCGCGCGUGCAGCGAGGACCUUCUGUCCGCUAGUUUUCCAUAUGAAGAAAGAUUGACGGCUGCCUCUUCGACGAUUAGAAUACAGAGUUAACAUGAUUUGUGGUCAGAAAACCUUGGUCUUGACCGUGGUAUUGGUCUUCGUCAUGUUGAUGUGUCCUGGUGAAUGCGAGGCUUCCUGCUGUUGCCCAACCUUCUGGACUGCAUACAACAGUAGCUGUUACAGAUUGUUCAGUUACAGUAUGAAUUGGCAUGAAGCCGAGGCACAUUGCACCCAAUUCUCCAGACCGUCUCUUGGUGAUGGAGACAGGAAUAGCUUUGCUCAUCUUGUAUCCAUCCAUUCCCUAGAUGAACAUGAUUUCGUUGUUUCUUACUUCAGAUCUACAGGAAUCAAGGAUCAGGGAGAUGAUGAAUCAACUGGGCGUGAUAUGUGGGUUGGUUUCCAUGACAUCACCAGCGAAGGGAACUUCGAGUGGACCGACCGAUCGUCGUUCAACAUGAACGUGUGGUCACCCGGACAGCCCGACAACGCUGGUUCGAGAGAACACUGCGGGGAGAUUGUUGGCGUCUACGGAUAUAAGUGGAACGACGAACCGUGUGACCGAGUUGCUCAAUACUUCAUGUGCAAGUUACCAGUUUGGUAAAUUGAACGGGGACUUUCCACGAGGCCGAGGAUUACGUUGGUCUACAUCGAAAUUAUUUUCUGAACGGCCUAAUCGUAGGGUGGUGAUACACUAUACGUCUAUAGACAGGUGCAGUUUUAGGAUUUCGAGGGGGGUGGGGGGGAUUUGACCUGAUUUUGGCGCCCAUGUGUACCUUUCGAAAAAUUGCGCCAGGCAAACAUAAGUGUCUUUUAUAUGCAUGUUGAAUUAUCUUAUUUCAUAGUCACAAGAAAAAAGGGCAAUUAAAGACAAUUUUUUUAAUGAUGUGCUCAUGAAACAAAUCAAUGAAUAUAUGUGAUAUAACUUUUUUUUAAAGAAAAAAAUGCGAGCGCGAGCGAUUUUCUGUUGUCUAUUUUAAGCAUUAGGGGGUUAUGUACCAUCUCGCAAUCUUAGAUCAGCUGAGAAGGAUCUUUUAAAUUGUCCUAGUAUUCAGACCAAGUUUUUUUGGAGAACGAUCCUUUGCCCAUGCUGCCCCUUCACAUUGGAAUACCACCCCAUCAUAACUCUUCUACACCAAAGUUUAAACCACUCUGAAAGCAUAUUUGAGAAGAAUUUUAAAUGAGUUAGUGACACGAUUGCCAGCAAAUGUCUCUCUUUUCUUUGCCUCUUUUGUCUUCUUAAAAAAGUGCAUAGCAUAAGCGGAUCCAGCAGGGGGCCUGAGGGGCCCAGCCCCCCUCCUAUAGGCGGAGCAAAAAAAAGGGAAAUAAAAAAAAGGGGAAAAGACAGGAGAAAAGAAAGAAGGGGAAACAAGAGGAAAAAUACGAGCGAUUGAAAUAAGAUGAGGGGAAGACUUGGACAAUACUUUACAAAAAUAUUUUAUGCCACUAUACAAAAUUUUCGCUCGCGCUUCGCGCUCGCAUUCCUGUUUAGGUGAUUGACAUAUCAUGCUUAAUAUGGAGCUUCAAAUAUCAAAUUUUGAAGUCAAUAUACAAAACAUAUUUCAGCUCAGAAAUCGAUUUUUUUUAUUUUUUUUAAAUUUACAAAUUGAUUUUUAAAAAGUGCUCUGGAAAAAUGUAUGUUUUAUGGUCUGAUUAUUAACAUUUUCUGCUCGCGCUGCGCGCUCGCAAAAUUUGGUUUGUUAGGUAUCUAUCAUUUUCCUGUACUACAUAAAGUUCUCAAUAUAUUCCUAAUCAGGUCAGAUUGUCAAAACGUAUCAGCUAGCGCUGCACGCUCGCAUUUUGAUUGGUGAGUUAUGUAUAUCUCAAUAUUAAUUCUUUAACAAACAACUUAAAAUCCCCGUUUCAUGACAGUUUACCAAAAUUACGGCUCGCGAUUUGCGCUUGAACUGAUUGUUGAAAAUAAUAAUAUUAACUCAUGCAUCUUAUUCGUAAUUACAAAAAUGCUUUAAAUGUCCAGUUUUCAGGCCAGAAUUUUUACAGAUUUCGCGCUCUCAUAAGGCUUAUUAGAUUAAUAAAUACUAGUAAGAUAUUAAUUCAAUAAUCAAAUUGUCCCUUUUUUCAGAAUGUAAUAUCGACAAGUCUCAUCUCGCACUUAGGAAAGAAAAUAGGAAGAUAGUCAUCAUUUCAUAUGAUGACAUAAUAUUCCUAGAAUGUCCCGGUCAUAUGUCAAAACUCAAAGUUAUAAUAAUGAAAAAUAUCAGUUCUAUUUUAACAGUAAUCCAUAUCCACCUCACAAUUUUCCUACAAAGUGCUUGAAAUACAGAGCUUAAAUUGACCCUUUUUCAGAUCGGCAUAUCAAAUAUUUUAAGCUUGUGAUUCUCGCUCGCUUUAUUGAUUUUCAUGAUAAAAAAAAUGCCCAGAUUCUAGGUCGAAAUCUGAAACACGCGUGCGCAUGUUUUAUUCAGAUACACAGCUUGUUCUCUAAGUAACAGUUUAAAUCAUUAUCCAGUUUCAGAUCACAAAAUCAAAAAUUUUCUGCUCGCGCUUUGCGCUCGCAUUAUUAAUGUAGGAAGAUUUCAAAUUACUCAUCCUUUUCAUGAUUUACAAAACAUGAAUAGAGUGUCCCAUUUUUAGGUGAAAAUUUUCGCAUCAAUUGCUUAGUUAUAUACCUAUUCUUUUCACGAUUACAAAAAGUGCUUGGAAUUUCCAUAACUUCAGGCAGAAAUGUAAAAAUCAUGUUAUAAUUUGAUUAGCCCCCUCCCCCGGGGUCGAGACGCUAAUCUAUCGCUUUACAAAUAUGUCAAUAAAUGAUGUUGUUGUCCAAUAAACAUAA